AUGGUAUUAGGAACCAGCAUUGGAGAACUAGUUAAAUUUGCAAGGUGUGGAAACCUUGAGUAUCGCGGAGCGAAAAUUAACUGUGAUUGUUCAGUUGCAGAAUUCUUCAAUUUAGAGUAUCUUGAGUUUAAUCGGAUGUUUAGUAAUCUAUUUACUAGUAAUGCGUGUCAAAAUCCAGAACCUUUACGAGGUAUACAUAUAAAAGACCUUUUCUUUAACACGAGUCUUCAUCAUCUCAUGAUAUGCGACGUUCAAGAUGGCUGUCCUAAAGUUGGAAACUGUAAAUGUGUUUGUACAUCUCAUCCACUUACUGACAGUAUAAUCAUAGAUUGCUCUAACCAGUCUUGCACGGAUCUUCCCGAUGUGGUUCCCAAAACUAGGCAUAGAAUAGUGUUAUUGAUGGAAGGUAAUCAAAUACAAAGUGUUAAUUCGAAAUACUAUUUUAAAGAUGUAAAAAGUUUGGAUUUAGCCGGAAAUCCUGUACAGGGUUUUGAUGAAAGCAUCCAAAAUUUUACAAAUGCUGCUGAAAUAAUCAUAGUAGAUCAUUUACUUGACUCACUUCCAAGGCAAGUUCAAUUUCUUGAUCCUAACGUCUUCCGGUUCGGUCAAAAUGGUAUACCUUGUAAUUGUGAUAAUCGAUGGAUCGGCGAAUGGAGACAGUUUAAAAAUGCAAAGGAUCCUCUAUUUUGUUCAAACUUUGAAAAUUUCUCAAUUGAAGAUUAUAUAAGUCAUUCAAUGGACUGUGAUUCAAGACAAGAAAAUCUAUUGUCUUUGUAUUCACUUAUUCCCCUGACUAUAUUUAUUCUUAUUUGGAAACUACGACAUCUUCGUUAUGAUGUAAGAGUCCUUAAAAAUCAGUUCCUAACAAUUGACAAAAAUAUACAAAGGAUUUGGCAAACUGAUGUUUAUAUUUCAUUUGACGAAGACAACGAUGACGUCAGAUGGUUUGUGUUUCAGAUAUUAGAUAAGUUUUGUCGUAGAAGAGAACUAAGCACCUAUAUUGCCUGUCGAGAUUCAUGGCCUGGCAGUACAGACGAGCAAAACAUCGUCAGGAAUUUGCAACGUUGCAAAUACUGCCUAAUAAUACAGUCAUCUGGCAUGUAUGAUUUAGAUAAAACCAACUCAUGUUCAAAUCGUAUGGAAUAUAGACUAGCAUGGGAUCUGUUUACAGAUAAAAAGUUAUGCAAAGUAUUUAUUAUUAACUUUGACAAGAGUAAAACAGAAAAAUUUCAAACUAUGAAAACAAAAGCGCUAUACAGACUUGGGAUGGGAUUUAAGAUAUAUGAUCGUAAACGGUCUUUAUACGAAAAAUUGUUGGAAGUUUUCAACGAACCACUAGUUACAAAUGCAAAACACAUUCGCCAGCGUAAAAGAAGAAUAUUGGCAUAUUUAUGGCAUCAAUUUAAAGAUAGAACUUGA